CUGCGCGGAACUGGUGGAAAUGAAAAAGAUUAAUUUCGCCUUUAGCAAUAUCAACCGGUUAUGUCUCAUUCGCAGAUUCGUACGUACGUUGAUACAUUUAACAAGAAACUUGAGAAUGUAGCAAAUUUCUGGAAGUUAGCAAUAACAGCAUAUGGAGAUUGUCUUGCACGCAGUAGAUUACACAUGAAUAUACCGCACAUUAACACUAUGUGCUUCAGCAAAGACGGUUUAUGCUCGGUGCGAACUGCCGUUUCAAGCAUUGCUGUGUGUAUAUUCCUGGUGUAUGGGACGCGUUUAGUGUCUGCAGAGGAUGGUGACUGGGACAGCGAUUCCGACACUAAACCCGGCCAGCCGCUGUAUCAGGAUGAUCUACUGGGAUGUGAUGCCACCAAGAAUCCUCCAUGUCCGCUGCAGACAUCCCUCACGCCUUUCCCCAAGUUGCCCGACGAUGAAAAGUACACUAUUCCGUUUUCCAUCAAUUUUUUUCCAGAAAACCCGCCGUUCUACCAGUUCGUCAUCGAGGAGGCCUUACCGGAGAUUGAAGUGGUCAUGGACCGGUGCGCGGUUUUUCGCGGCAUCGAUCAGGUCGAAAGCAUCGUUACCAGCUUCAAUAUGCUGCGCAUUAAGUCCGGUCCGCAUUGUGCGGCGAGAUUUGGCGGAAAUGCAGCGGACGCCGAACACACGAUUGUCUUGAAUGAGACGUGCGUCCGCAAACAGGUGGCUGUGGUGCGGCGGUUGUUUCUAUUGGCCAUGGGUCUGCCACAUGAGCAUGUACGACCGGACCGGGAUGACUACAUCAACAUCAAUCUGGACAAUGUAAAACCCGGUAGGCAGGCAGAAUUUAACAAAAUCGAAGGCAAAAUCCUGGAUACGGGCGAUUACGACUACGAAUCGCUUCUGCAUCCUGCCGCGAACUUUUUGUCGACGGAUGACAAACUUCCAACAAUCACAGCGAAGAAGGGCGCUAGCAAAAUCGGCGGAGGAGACAAUUUAAGUGACGGUGAUGCGACGAAAUUAAGGCAUCUUAUCUGCGGAGAACUGCUGCCAGCCAAAUCUAAGCCGACGGAUCCACCAGCAACCACGUCCACAACUGAAGAAUCAACGCCAAAGAAAAAAGAAAUAACCUCUCCCAUUCCGAUUAACGCUAGCCGUUCUCGUAAACGCGCUAGCAGCUUAGCUGCUAACGCGUUGCCGACAACUACAACACCGACAACAACUACAACACCGACAACAACUACAACAACGAUGCCGACAACUACAACACCGACAACAGACAAUGAGGAAGGCAACGGCGUGCGGCCGUCUAAAUCCACGGUGAAAUCGACGACGUCAACCAUCGUCACACCAACACUCGCGGAAAGUCCCCGUGUGGUCACUCAACAAACACCCGCAACUGCCAGGAAAACCACCGAGCCGAAUGACGAUGGAGGCGACGCCGAAGCCACAACACAAGCGUCAAAACCGACGUCAACCGAGCGGAAACCGAUCCCGGUAACUGAUAGACAACCUGGGGAAGUGGUAGAGUUUGUCGAACCGGUAACCGUUGGGCUUGAAUCGCCGAUUCGAAAUGUGUGGAAAACGACACCCAGCACGAGCCUCCCGUCUACAGUGACAACAGACGAGACUGACGUACGCGAGGAAACAACAGAGACAACAACCAGGAAGACGAAGAAAAGGAAACCAACUACAUUAGCCACAACACCACAACCCACCGAUGACGAAGAUAUCGUGACGAACACCCCGUCCAAAGGUCACGAAAGCAUCUUGGUUAUGCAGAACCCGCAACAGGGACUACCCCACCCUCCGGUUAUUGCCCCCACUCGCACAAUACAAACCUGCCGUGAAGGGCAGUAUGUGCUGGUGUACAACAAUCAGACUUACGGACGGUCCAUAACGCAGACUCUAGAAGGGGGCGCUGUUAUUCACACCCUAAGGACGUACACCAUGCUGAACUCUUACAACUGGUUUCCUUAUGAAGCGAGUGAGUCGAAGGAUUACUUGGAUACCACGGUAAAUAAUCCCGGGUUCACUGGCAUCGUAUUGGAUGUCAGUACUUUGAGGUUUGCAGUGUCUACGCGGGUAUUCGAAACGCAAUACCAAGUGGAGAAGCUGGUUAACGGCGAAGUACAGCGGAAGAAGAACGAAACGAGAAUUGCUAAAUGUGUUAAUGAGGAUGAAAUUAAUUGGGAGAAGAAGGGUUAACAGGCUGUAAUUCGAGCGGGAAUGUUCUUUAUCGAAACAUAGUUAGCAAAAUGUGUGAUAUAUGUAGCUUUAUUGGUCAAAUCAUACUUGGGGGCAAAGUAAAGAAAGAAACAUGUAUACUACAACAA